CAGAAAGGCCCGAAGCACUUCACUGCUUUCCCCACUUCCCAUCUUCGGGAUCUCCCCCAUCUUCUGCUCCAUCUCGCCGGAGAGCACGCCGGAGGCCAGGAAUCCCCUUUCCUCGCAACCCGCUCGACGGAGUCAAUGUGGUGCGCCUGAUCUGCACGUGCUUGCCGUUCUUCAAGUCUCCUCUGAUCGACUGCUUGUUCCCUCUCCAAACCGAUGGCGGGGGCCCCCAAGAAGAAGAGGUUGACGAGGGCAAUGGCGGAUCUACGUAUUAGCUGUACAGCCUUUGAAUCCUGGAUCCGUCACCUGGCGAGGGGUUCCAAGAAGAACGGAAGCACACGGGACGUGGUGGCCGACCUCCCCGACGACAUCCUCGUCGACAUUCUCUCGCGCUUGCCCAUAAAAUCGCUCUGCCGCUGCAAAUUGGUUUCUACGCGCUGGCGCAACCUCAUCUCCCAUCCUGAACACAGCAAGAAGCUGGCCCAGACUCUUGCUGGCUUCUUCUACGAGAGCUACUCCAAAAACCGCUUCCCAAAGUUGGCUCGCCAUUUCACCAACGUCUCAAGAGCAAUCGACCCUUUCAUCGACCCCUCACUGUCGUUCCUGCCUGAAUAUAAGAGCAUUGACAUCAAGGACAGCUGCAACGGACUCCUCCUGUGCCACUGCUGGAAGCACACUGAUCCCGCGACAAUGGAUUCUGUCGUGUGCAAUCCCGCCACUGAGAAAUGGGUGGUCGUUCCAGACUCUGGCUGGUCUAGCAUGGUGAGGAUCACUCGCUUGGGGUUCGACCCAGCUGUCUCCUCCCACUUCCAUGUGUUUGAGUUCGUAUCAAACGAUAUUUGGUAUAUGGAUGAUGGUCAUAAUUUCGAUGGAGCAAUCGUAGCAGUAGCCGUCUACUCCUCCAAAAGUGGAGUUUGGAGUCUCAAUAUCAACAACCAUCUACCGAUUCCGCUUGGUGAAUUUGCGAUGCCCCAGGAUUCAAAAGGUGUCUUUUUCAAUGGGAUUUUGCAUCUGACUACUUUUUAUGGCAUGGUAUUAGCCAUUGACGUGGAGGGGAAAGUUUUGAGAGGCAUCCCUUUUCCUAUAUCAACACACUAUGAAUAUGAUGAUUCUCGGCCUGUUCAUGUUUAUCUAUCUCAGGGACACUUGUAUCUUACAACUAUAUCUGAUGGUUAUCAACCAUCAAUCUGGGUUCUUGAGGACUACAAUGGUGAAAAUUGGACUUUGAAGCACAAUGUCAACCUUUUGCAUCUGUUUGGAGCAGCUAAUUGUUCGAAGGUUGCGGAUAAUUUCAGUAUUAUCUCAAUCCACCCAGAGCAUGAUAUGAUUUUUUUGGUUUGCCAAACAAACUCCAUACUAUUGUCAUAUGAAAUGGAUCACAUGAGGCUGCGUUUUAUAAGUCAUCUUGGCAGGCAUUACACGAGUGAUCAUAUUCCAUAUGUUCCCUUGUUCUCGGAGUCAUUGGCAGAUGAGCAAUAAAAGCCUUCCCUGGCCUAGUGUAGCUCCAGAUCGUUUGACCUUUCUGAUGAUACUGGAGUUAGUAUAUGAGGAGCGGUGGCUUGGUCAGAACUUUGUGAAAUCUGUGAAACUUUUCUGUUGGUCUUUCCCGUGCAUUGGUGUUACCUGACUUCAUGGGCCAGCUUGUUCUGUUCACUGAAGAAGUACUUGUUUUGUGUAUGGAUGUAUGUGUCUGUUAUUGCAGCAUAUGCAGUUGUAAAUGAUAUUGUUCCCUAGUAUUUCCCAUGGAUUAACCCUAAUUAAUGUCUUUAGUAUCCAUAUAUCUCAGUCGUAUUUUGCUUUGCUGUUUGGUAAUAA